AUGGCUAUUUCGAAUUCACUCGACUGGCCAUUAUCUUCUGUCGACGCAACUCUACAAGUAACCAAAAAUCUCGCAAUCCCACCUCAUAUCGUACCUCUAAAACCCAGAACUUUUUGUUGGGUCUUGUGCUCAAAAAGUAUAGUUGCCAAAUCUUUGUCGUCCGGUUGUUCAUCACCCGUGCUGGAAGAUGCGAGUACGACCACCAAUGCUGCUCGUGUUAUUGAGGUCGGCUUGAAACUUCAACGCGAUUUUCACGUGCCGGAUUCUGGUGAACUCAAUGCUGUAAUAUGCAGUUUGUUUGGAGAUUCUCAAACUGAACAACUCGCAUACGAUUAUUACGAGAAAGCUAAAGCAAAACCAGAUUUUACUCCUCAGAAUUCGACGCUAAAUCUUCUCGUCAGUUACUUAAUCAGUUCAAAGAACUGGGGUUCUUUGUUUUCAUUCUGUGAAGAUGUCAAGAGGUUCAAGGUACUGCCAAGUCGUUCAGUGUGUUGUAGAUUAAUUAAUACGUGCACUAAAGCAAGAAAAUUGAAGCUUGUAAAUAAUUUGCUGCAAGUUUUCUUAUUUGAUGUUGAAAUUGCUGUUUUAGCCUUCGACUCCGCGAUGAAAGGCUAUAACAGUUUGCACAUGUAUAGCAGCACUAUUGUUUUAUAUGAAAGGAUGAAAUGUGCAGGCAUUAUUUUGGACCCUUCUUGUUACUGUCACAUAAUGGAAGCUUGUCUUAAAAUGGGACACUACGAAAGAGCUGUUGCGAUCUUUCAAGAAUUCAAGAACGGAAAAUUUGAAGUUGUUCCCUUGAAAAUUCACGCGAAGAUUUACUACAUUUUGUGCACGUCGUUGGGGAAGUUGGAUCGUUGUUUUGAAGCGCUUGAGGUCUUAAGAGAAAUGCCAAAGAGAGGCAUCCCGGAGGAUCAUUCAAUUUAUUCCUCACUGAUAAGUUCAUUCGCGAGUGUUGGCGAAGUUAAAAUGGCUGAAGAGCUUUUAGAAGAAGCCGAGAGCAAGAAAAUGCUGAGGGAUCCAGCUCUGUUUUUGAAGCUCGUGUUGAUGUACAUCAAAGUCGGGCAAUUGGAAAGGACUCUUGAUGUUGUCUCUGUUAUGAAACGGAUAAAUAUCAGAGUUUCUGAUUGCAUAUUUUGUUCAAUUGUCAAUGCCUUCAGCAAAAGAAAAGGGCUUAAAGCUGCAGCAGAAGUUUAUGAACAUCUUCUAUCCCGAGGGUGUGAAGCCGGUCAAGUGACCUAUGCCUCGGUUCAAAAUAUUUAUUUCCGACUCGGAUUGUAUUCCAAGGCAGAGAUGGUAUUCUCCGAGAUGGUACAAAAGGGGUACGAUAAAUGUGUGGUGGCAUAUUCUAGCAUGAUUUCCAUGUAUAGUAAGACCGGCAGGCCGAGGGACGCGAUGAGACUUGUAGCUAAAAUGAAAGAGAGAGGUUGUGAACCGAACGUGUGGAUAUACAAUUCUCUAUUGGAUAUGCACGGUAGAGCGUUAAACUUGAAGCAAGUCGAGAAGAUUUGGAAGGAGAUGAAACGAAGAAAAGUUGUUCCCGACCGCGUCACGUACACGAGCGUGAUAAGUGCUUAUAGCAGGGCAAGGGAGUUUGAAAUGUGUACAAAAUUGUUUGGUGAGUUUAAGAUUAAUGGAGGGGUGAUUGAUAGGGCAAUGGCUGGUAUUAUGGUUGGCGUUUUCUCUAAAAUGAAUAGAGUGGAUGAAUUGGUUAAGCUUUUGCAGGAUAUGAAGAUGGAAGGAACUAAAUUGGACGCCAGACUUUACAGAUCAGCAAUGAAUGCAUUGAGUGAUGCAGGGCUUUCUGUUGAAGCAUAUACUCGGGGGUGGGUACAGGUGGGGUGA